AAGAAAGGAAACUAGAAUCAUAAUACCGAAUUAUAAUCGAAGUUGUUCCAUUGUGUCAUCGAAGUUGUGCUUUUAGGGAAAAACAAGAAUACAGACAGCUCUAGAAACCAAGAACAAUGAAGGGUCCUUCAGUGACAUGUGUGUUUGGUGUGAACAUUGGACUCAAAGGUUAUCAAAAGAUGUUGAAUAAAAUAUAUGAAGGCAUUGAAGGUUUAAAGCUCGAUGUGUCAAACUGGUUGGUGUAUUUACGGGGCGAGAUUGAUCCAAUAACCUUCAUUAGGAAGAUGUAUAAAGCAAGAAGUUACGUUGAGCUCUUCCGAAUAGAUUAUGGAUAUGAAGAAAAUCCACAAGGAACCCGGAGACCAAAUUCUCACUUCAUGAGAUGUUGCUUUGAACUAAACACAUUAGAUAUAAGUUGGUAUAAGAGAAUCAUAGGAGCCUUGAAAACCAUCCAAGGUGUAUCAUUUACCAUAGAUGCACAACCGGUUAUGGGAAAUCCGAUGGUAUAUUUAUGUGGGAACAUAGAAAUUGGAGUGCUCAUGAAGAUGCUUGUGAAGACAGGCAUUGAAUUGUCAGCAAUGGAAUAUGGAGUCGAGUAUAAAGAUGCAAACUUGAACCCACCUCCUCCCAAGAAAGUUGAGGCUCCUUCAAUUGGAACAGCUGAGACAAAGGACGUGAAAGACACGGUGCCUCCUCCUCUUCCUGAGGUUGUUAAACACCAAGUCGUAUACAAGAAGUCUCGCGGUUUAAGAAGGUUCUUUUGUUAAUGAAUCAUGUCGUCAUUAGCACCAUAUUAUCAUUUUCUUGCAAAACCAAAUAAUGGACCAUGAGAAGAAGAACCGUUCGAAAGAAAAUAAAAAAUGAAAACAACGUCCUACUCCU